AUGCGCAGACCAGGCAGCACAACCCCCAUCAUCCUCGACGGCACCACGCUCGAAGGCGGCGGCCAACUAGUCCGCAACGCCCUCUGCCUCUCCGCCCUCACCGGCACCCCGAUCGAAAUCCACAACGUGCGCGGCAGCCGACACUCCGGCAGCGGCGGGUUGAAAGCGCAGCACCUCGCAUGCGCCAACUGGCUGGGGAAAGCGUGUAAUGCGCGAAUGGAGGGGGCAGAAAGGGGAAGUCGGAAACUCGUGUUCAUGCCUGGACGCGGAGAGGGGGGUGGGGAGUCGCAUUUGGGGCAUGCGCCUGUUUUCACGAAGGUGAUGGAGGAGGGGAAGCCGUGGUAUGAGUGUGAGUUUGACAUUGAGACGGCGGGGAGUACUGGAUUGGGGCUGCAGGCUAUCCUUCCUUUUAUUCUGUUUUCGCAUUUACCUUCGGAUAUUCCUAUUCGGUUGACGAUGAAGGGCGGGACGAAUGUGUCUGCAUCGCCCAGUUACGAGUACGUCUCGCAGGUCUUUCUGCCGACGCUGGAGAAUAUUGGAUUCCCGAAGAUGACAACAAGAUUGAGCAAAAGAGGGUGGUAUGCAGGCGGCAACACAAUCGGAGAAUGGACGCUCGAAAUCCCUCCGCGAGAGACCCUCGUCCUACCAGCAUUCACUCUCGCCCCCUCGUCAGCCCUGGAGCGAUACGAAAAAGACAUCAAACACCUCCACGGGACCUUCCUCGGCCCCCAAGCCCGACACAAAGAAUUCGUGCGCGACCUCCUCACCACCAUCACCCGACACUUCGGCGACUCCUACACGCUAGAAAACAACAACCUCACCAUAACAUGCGAAGACACCCACGACGCACGCCGCAUCUACUUCAUCCUCGUGGCAAGCAUGCCCUUCACGCCAGACGAAAGGGACACUAGGACCUACAAACUCGCGCGCGACUGGCUGUACGAAGACCGUAGGCAGGCCUUCACUGCUCCGCUGGCCGAGAGGGUCGUCAGCCAGGUUGCAGAGGACGUCAAGAGUGGGGCGUGGGUGGAUGGGUGCAUGCGGGAUCAACUUGUCAUUUUCCAAGCGUUGGCGCAGGGAAGAAGCGAAGUGCACCCGGGUGUGGAUCAGGAUGAGGUGUUGCGGAAAGCUAGUAUGCAUGCCGAGACGGCGGCGUGGGUUGCGGGGAGGCUGUUGGGCACGAAGGAGGACGGAUUCGGCGAAUGGGGAGGUGGAUCUUGCACGAAGAUUGGAGGAGGCGAUGGUGUUGAGUGA